AUGAUUAAAAACGAAAAAUCUGUGCAGCUGAUAUUUAAAAAAAUCGCCAAGAACCACUUUAAGACAAGCAAAAAACAAAAUACCAACAAGGAAUCACUGCAUUCAAGAUGCGUUAAGAUAAAAACCACACCUAACGAAUUAUUGGAACAAAUCGAUACAUAUAAAGAGCAUGACUUUACUUUGACUCUGAAUGUGAAUAGAUUAAAUAAAAGCAAAAAAGAAAGGAACGUUACCCUGAUGAAAAGUCCAAAAUUUAGUAACCGACACUUUUGCGCCGAUAACUUAUGCACUGAUCGCAACGUCGCGUACCCGUCUUGGGAUCAAAAUGAAGAGUCGAGUUCUGACAAUAGCAGUCCGAGGAAUAAACUAUUAAGCGCGCUUAACAGUACGCCGAAUGACGAAGAAUUAAUCAGUUGUUCAUUAGCGGAUAGACCGACAUUGAACAGUUCCAUAGACAGCCUCACAGUGUCAGUAUCAAGCGACAAAAGUCGCCAAGUCAGCUUGGAGCGACGACCUAUUAGUGCACAGAAGUCGAAUAUAAAGUUCCAAAGCGGCGACAGCUUCGACUCUCAACACGUGGAAACGGCCGUUGGCGAAAAGAAACCGGAGCAGACCCAAAAUCGGGGCAGAAUCCGCGAGAGGAUGCUGGGCUCAAGGAAGACUAAACUCCUCGAAGCGAUGUCGGUGCCCAUAGAGAGCGAGAAAGGAUUAAGCAUAAUGCUACGGAUGGGUUGGAAAGGUGGUGCUCUGGGCACAAGGGGCGAAGGCAUUACAGAACCCAUUAUACCCGAUCUCGAUAUCGUAAGUGGUGCAGGCUUAGGACACACUAAGUCAUUGCGAUAUCGCUACGAAAUGUUUAAGAAGAAUUUAGGAACAAAUUCUGCUGAAAGUUUGCAGAGUAUUGCAAGCGAUUCGGAUGGUAAACCUAAAAAGAAAAUGAAGAAAGUCGUUGCAAAUCGUUUGAAAAUAUUAGAAGAAAUCUUAGAUUUGAUUGUAUCCAGUGAAGCAAAAAAAAUUAUAUAUUUCGACAAACAACUGCAGAAAAAAGAAAAAAAGUUUCUUAAACAUGCUAUACACAGUUUUAACGCGAAAUCAAACAUCACCUUACAUGAUAAAUUAGAGCAAGAGAUGGUGCAAAAAAUACUAGACGCCAUGACGUGCAAUCGAGGAGUUACUCUGGACGCGAAAGUGUCAGCAAAUAUAAUGGAAAUUGAAUUAUCAAAGACAACCAAGAACCCAAAAGAUCAUAAAAAU